CGUUAGCCCAGACCCCCCCCCCCCCCCAUCAAGCUAGCCAAAAGAGAACAUUCUAGAUUCACCUGCCGCUAGCUGCAUUUGACGAGCCGUGCAAAAGUCAACGUUGGUCGCCGAGCAUCCACGCAGACGCACCGACCUUGACUCGGCGGCGGUGUGAGUGACACACGCAAGCACCUAAGAUGGCAGACAACACUCAGCAAAGCCCUCAGAGGCUGGGGCCCAUGCAAUUUUUAAUGAACAAUAAGCUGGAAUCUACGAUGUGGCUGUCGCGCCUUUUCACCGUCUACUGCUCCGUUAUGUUCAUUCUACCAAUUUUGGGGCCCUACGCGGCGUCCAACUUCUACCAGCGGGCGCUGCUGGCCAACGCCCUCACCAGCGCCCUGCGCUUGCACCAUCGGCUUCCCAGGUUCCAGCUGAGCCGGUCGUUCCUGGGUCAGGCGUUGCAAGAGGACAGCUGUCACUACCUGCUUUACUCGCUCAUCCUCGUCAACUACCCCAUCACCACAGUGAGCAUCUUCCCGGUCUUCCUCUUCUCCCUCCUCCACGCAACCACCUACACCAAAAAGGUCCUCGACUCGGUGGGCCCCAGCAGCCUGAUGUUCAUCCGGAACCUCCUGGACAAGAUGUCGGCCAAUCAGCAGAACAUCCUGAAGUUCAUCGCUUGUAACGAGAUCUUCUUGAUGCCAGCCACCGUCUUCAUGCUCUUCAGUGGUCAGGGAAGCUUGCUGCUGCCUUUCAUCUACUAUCGCUUCCUCAGCCUGCGCUACACUUCCAGAAGAAACCCAUAUUGCCGCACUCUGUUCACUGAGCUGCGAAUCCUCCUGGAGCACUUCAUCAUGAAGCCGGCGUGCCCCGCCUUCUUCCGGAGGAUGUGCCUCAGCAGCAUCGCCUUCGUCAGCCGUUUGGCGCCCAACGGCGUCUGAAAAGCGUGCCCUUCCCUCCCUCCCUUUGUCCGCCUCCCUCUACGCGUUCGGGCCCCCGCCGCCGAGGAUGUGACUUCCAUUUUGGAUGAGGACACACAAUGGCGACAUCGGUGGAGGACAUUUUGUUUUUAUUGUUGCAUUGACGACUUGACAGCGAGGUCCACUUCAAAAGCAGCCUGUAAUGCGCACACUUUUUUUGAUUCAAUUUUUUUGGGGCUCGUUCCUUUUACUCCUCCAGUCUUAAUGUGACCUCAUCAAAACAGUGAACCCGCCGCUCCUUUGUUACGCUGGAGGGCAUCGGACAUAUUUUUGUCAUUCUGUGACCUUAUUUAUCCACUAAUGUUCAGAGAUAGUAACAAAAUGAGCUUAAUUUAUAUGAUCACUAAUUAAAACAUUGUACCGAAUGCAGAUGGAGGCAAUGGAGAUUUGUUUGCUGUUUAUAUUUAGUUUUAUUUUUUGUAUGUGCUCUUCAUAUGCCUAAAUUCACUCCUUUAGGGUGUAAAAAUGUCACAUCUAUUGUAUUUAAUAGCACAAGCGUAAAUUAUGCAUUUAGAUGCUGUUGAAUUUCUUUUAAAUGAGCUGCAUGGUGCAUGUCAUCGAAUUAAGUGGAAUUUCCAUUGCUUUUCAAUGCCAUCUGAUUCCGUUUUUUUUUUUUUUUUUUUUUAAUGAAUUUCAUGUACCCUAAUUUCUCUCUGUUGUUCAUUGUCAUUUGCCCAGAGAUGAAAGUUUUUAUUGAGAUAAGCUCUUAAAAAGUAUGAAAUAAAAUAAAGUAGUGAUCACGUUUUAAUACUUAUUGUUACUCCAUGAUGGUUAGCGUGGCUCGACCCAUAGAGGAAAAAUUUACUAUAUAGAAGUGCAGCUCAAGAAAUUGUUUUAUUCAAAAAUUCAGAUUCACUGCACAGACUACUUUAUGAUUUUACUUGAUUGUAGUUUACAGGUAACUGCAAAUCACAUUUUAUCAUCUCCCAAGAAAUUACGACGUUACAAGGCAGCCAAGAUUUUUAUAUGCAAAUGCGUUGGGAUUGUCCUGAAAAGUAUUUCUUUGUGCUAAAUAAAUCAAAUUUGAGUUUCA